AUGGAUUCCAACAUGUCGAAUGAGCCUACCGAGACGCGGUACAGCGAAACCAAUACGCCACAGGACUCCAAUGACCAGGCACUCAUCAGCAUGGAACUCUCUCAAACCGAACUACUGGGGGAUAUUGAUCUAGACGAGAUCGAGCAGAUACUUGCGGAAUAUGACCCCACAUUCAAUCAGGCCGCAAUGGACGAAUUCCUCGCAAACUUCAAUGUUCCAACACCACCUCCCGAAUCUUCCCCGAUGCCCUCACGCCCCCCACCACAACUGGUUAAUAGUCAAGAGGCCAUGCAGGCGUACUUGAUUCAAAUGCAGGUGUACGCUGGCAUUCCUGAGGAGAAUAUCCAGCCGAUGCACUCAUCCGGUACCGCGGGACGAUAUCGCGGUCCGGUGCUCUUUCGGUACACCAACAACGACCUCAGAAUUCCCCUCAUCCCUCCGGCGACCUUUACCGGUCGCCUAGCCCCUCUGCCCUCUCAUGAUAAUAUUUCAUGGAAUCUGCAGACAUUGGAAUACGUCACUGGCCUUACUCAGAACAACUGCCCACCUAACAAUCAAAUUUUUGUCCUGAAUCGGAACAUUGGAGCCGCUGGGCUUCUGCCAAUGGCUUCCAACGACGAUGAUUUGGAUGUUGAUGUUUCCGAAACGGAUGAUUCGAGCCAAAUUUAUGUAGCCGAAGAUUUUGAUGACAUUGAGAUUCAAGAGGAUGGCGAUACGGAUGAGAGUGAAAGCAUGCAAAGUUGA